UUUGGUAACGCGAAAAACGUCACUUGUCAUUCAUUAUUUAUGCUUUGAUUUUUGAUAUAUUUGUUAUUGUAACAUAAUUUGACGUCACCAUAAAUUGGCAUCUUUGGAAAAAUGUUCGUUUGUUACCCAAUGUUUACUCAAAGAUUAUGGCAACGCGUCAUCACACCGACAAUACCAACACAAUCACAUCUUCACCAACGCUACACAUACGCGUUAUAUUUUUCCUCUGAGCCGCCAGAGCGUGCUAAAAAUCGAGCUUCGAAAUUCAGCAUGGCGAUUUAGAAAACGUCACUGCGAUGUGAUGUUUAAUUGGCUGCUUCGGUUGGACCGGAGCUGUCGUUGGACGAAUAAAUUCGAAAGGAACUAAUCGUUUGCACUUGUACGUCAUCUGUCAAACUCAUAAACUUGUUGAAGAAAGGUAAGCGGAGGAAUUUGACAUAAACAUCAAUAAUGUCGGAGGGAAGCAGAUUGUUGGAGUGUUUGUUAAAAGUGUCGGAAAAAGCGGCGAAUAUAGCGAGGGUGUGUCGCCAAAAUCGUCAGUUGUUUAAACUCUUGGUACAGGAAAAAUCUGAUGAGGAAAAGAAUCCGAGAUUUGUACAGGACUUCAAAACUCUAGCCGAUGUAUUGAUACAGGAAACGAUAAAACACGACGUGGGAACGGAGUUUCCAGACCUGGCGGAGCAUGUAACAGGCGAGGAGAAUAACACGUUCAGUAACACAUUGGGCGAGUCUGUUACCGUCAAAGUUUGUUCAAAUUUUGACGACACUGCCAACCUCUUGGAAAAAGUUCUCAAUAACGAUUCCGAAGUUGCCAAUCUACUCGCUGUUGAAGUGCACAGAGAAAUUCAACUUUCAGAUGUGCCGGGGAAUAAUCACGUUCCUGAUAAUCUCAAACUCACCACCGAUGCGCUCGGCAUAUGGAUAGACCCAAUCGAUUCUACCGCCGAGUAUAUUCAUGGGGUAGAAAAAGUAGAUGAGGUGACGGGUGUGCAUUUAAGCGGUUUGAGGUGCGUUACCGUGCUCAUUGGAGUCUUUGAGAAAACCACGGGACGUCCAGUUCUAGGUGUGAUAAAUCAGCCGUUCCACAAUAAUACUUGUGAUUCCGAGUGGCUGGGAUCGACUUACUGGGGCUUCAACUAUAAUGGUGUUAGACUGUCCUCGAUAAGUGGUCCAGAACCAAGUAGGAAUGUUGCUGUUCUGAGCAGCUCAGAGAGUGCGGGUAUCAAGUCAAAGCUAUCUGAAAAUGGCUUCACUUUGGUCGAAGCAGCUGGAGCUGGCUAUAAGUUGUUGACGGUGAUUCUUGGCCAGUCUGACAUCUACAUUUUGUCUAAGGACUCCACAUUCAAGUGGGACACUUGCGCAGCUCAGGCUAUAUUGGGUUCCUUGGAAGGAGGUGUAAUUGAUUUUAGAAACUUCUUAAAAACUGACUCUUCAAACGAUUCGAAUCUCAUUUACUUACCUGCGGAUAACGAUUCCUGCAAUCGAGGUGGCAUUGUUGCUUACCGCAACAUAGAAAUCUUGGAAUCUAUUAAAAAAAUAUUAUUAUCUCACUAGCGUUAAAAGACAGUGCCAAAUUUUCAUGAUCUUGCAACUCGAUCCCUGUUCUUAUUCUGAUUUUGGAUUUUAAUUCAAGUUAAGUACAUGCAGGGCACGCUGUACUUAAGAUGAACCGGUGUUUUUAGCAAUCAGUUCUAAGACGAUAUAUGAC